AUGAAAACAAAUGUAAAAGGUAUAGUAUGGAUAUUUACAGCCCAAUUUCAGUUCAUUUCAUUGGCCUUUCAACGGGAUUGGGAUGCAGAAAUAUUCAAUGGUGGCAUAUCCUUCAGAAUUCAUUCCAAUAAUCUACCUGGAUUUCAUGAAUAUGUUGAGGACAGGAACCCUUUCAAUGCAGAAGGUGAUGAUUUCAUCUGGGAUUUCUGGCAACAAGCCUUUGGCUGUGUAUUCCCACAUCACAUUCUGGGUGAUGCCAAGGGAGAUAUCUGCACUGGGAAAGAGAGAGUGGAAAACCUUCCUGCAUCUCUCUUUGAAAUGACUGUGCAAGGUCUAAGCUACAGCAUCUACAAUGCUGUCCAUGCUGUUGCCCAUGCAUUGCAUGCCAUGUUCUUACGAAGACUCAGACACCCAGGAAUGGUGGAUGGAAGGAGAGAGAAGCUUCAGAAGCAGCAGUUUGGGCAGCUCCAUCAUUUUCUGAGAGCUGUCUCAUUCAACAACAGUGCUGGAGACAUGGUGUCCUUCAAUCAGAAUGGGGAGGCUCAGCCUCUGUCUGUCUGUACUAAGAACUGUCGUGCAGGAUCAAGGAAGAAAGUGAAGGAAGGAGAACCGUUUUGCUGCUAUGAUUGCAUCCCAUGCCCAGAGGGAAAGAUGUCAAUCCAGGAAGAUAUGAGUGACUGUGAUAAAUGCUCAGACAAAGACUAUCCAAGCAAGAACCGAGAUGCAUGUAUUCCCAAGGAUAUAAGCUUCUUGUCUUAUGAAGAACCUUUGGGCAUCAGUUUAGUCUGCUUUUCGCUUUCAUUUUCUCUGAUCACAGCUCUUGUGCUGGGUACAUUUAUGAAGAACCAUGACACUCCCAUAGUCAUUGCAAACAACAGGAGCCUCACCUACAUUCUCCUCAUUUCUCUCCUGCUCUGCUUCCUUUCUGCACUGCUCUUCCUUGGCCAACCUGAGAAGGUGACCUGUCUCCUGCAACAAACUGCUUUUGGCAUCAUCUUCUCAGUGGCUGUUUCUUGUGUAUUGGCAAAAACCAUCACUGUGGUUCUGGCUUUCAUGGCCACCAAACCUGGAUCCAGGAUGAGGAGAUGGGUGGGGAAGGGACUGGCCAACACCAUUGUCCUUUCCUGCUCCUUUGUCCAGGCAGUGAUCUGUACUGUGUGGCUAGCAACCUUUCCCCCAUUUCCAGAUGUAGACAGUUACUCAGUGGAUAAAGAAAUUAUACUAGAAUGCAAUGAAGGGUCUGUAGUGAUGUUUUACGUUGUGCUGAGCUAUAUGGGCUUCCUGGCAAUUAUUAGUUUCAUUGUUGCUUUCCUUGCCAGGAAAUUACCUGACAGUUUCAAUGAAGCCAAGUUCAUCAGUUUCAGUAUGUUGGUGUUUUGCAGUGUUUGGCUAUCCUUUAUUCCUUCCUACCUGAGCACCAAGGGAAAAUACAUGGUUGCUGUGGAGAUCUUCUCUAUCUUAGCCUCUGGUGCUGGACUUCUGGGUUGCAUCUUUUCCCCAAAAUGUUUUAUUAUUGUGUUCAGGCCUCAGCUGAACAACAGGGAGCAGCUAAUAAGGAAGUAA